AUGGCAUCCAAGUACAUCGUCAUGUUCAAGGACAAUGUCUCUGAAGACCAGAUCAAAGAGUACGCUGCACAGGUGAACAGCGGGGGUGGAGAAGUAACCCAAAUCUAUGGCCUCAUACCCGGCUUUGCCGCAAAGAUCACGGAUGACCAGUUGCAACAAUUCCAGUCCCUUCAAGGCGACAUCGUCGCGUCCAUCGAACCUGACCAGAUUGUCACUACCCAGUAA